CAGCUCUGAUAUGCAAAGCAUAUGAUAACUUAUCAUUCUAACUUCAACAUAUAAUAGGGAUUGUGACCUGAUAUUUGGAGAUGUAAAUAUUACCCAACAUAUUACCCUAAGGGAAUAGAGCAUUGUAGUCAACAUUUUUUAAAAAAAAAAACCUGUUAUUGUUUGGCGAGAAACAGCCAUGGCUGACAGAAGAGGAGUCGAAAUGUAUGUAAACAUGGUCUCUGAACAGUCAGACCCCCAUGGGACUCUUAUCUAGGAGCAAAAGGAGUGCUUGGAAACUUAAGGAAAAUUGCUUUAAGCUGGAAGAUUCUGGAGGCCCUGGGUGUGAUUUUUAUGCCCUCUGCCUCCCAGUCAGAGCCUGCUGGUGUUUCAGCAGGGGACAGACGUGUUAGUUGUUCACUAGAAGUUUUGUCUUAUAUUAAAUUGUAUACAGUUUUUAUUCUAACCACUAACUAGGUAGGAUGCCCCUCCAGGACAAGCAGAGAGCGUCUUUUAAUUUCUCCCCUAUUUCUUAAUCAAGUGUUGUGCAAAUCUGUUCAACUUUGUAAAUAUUUGCAAACAUCAUCAUUUUUACGUUAUUCUUCUAUUGUGUUAACACAUUUCUAUCAAUUUGUGGGAGUUCUGGGGUGCUGAGCUGUCCAGCCCAGAACUGCUCAUAAAUGGUCACACAUGUUUAAGCUACAUGUGCUUUUUUUUCUUAACCUGUUUAUCUGUACAUAAAGUAGAAAGCAAAGUCUAGGGAAACAGAUAUACUUUUUAGACUAUCAUGUCACAUAUUCACAUUUUUAAAACUUUGUUUUAAAAAAAAAACAAACCACCCUAAACCCAACCUCUACAUUAAAUAAAAAAAAAAAAAGAGGAAAAAAAAAAAAAAAAAAGAAAUUACAGUUGAGAUGUUUUUAUCUUAAUGAAGUUGAGAGCUCUGGAGAUUAGCGUGUGCAUUUUCACAGAGUGCUAGCAGGACUGACCAGUCACACUGGACUGCUUCCGUUCCUCCCCGGCCGUGUCCGUGCGAGCAGUGAUUGCCAGGCUGCUGGCUCAGGUGACAGGUAUCUGUAUCCUUACGUGAAACUGUUCUAGGGGCUUGGACUACAUAGUAAAACAAAAACAAACAAAAAAAAAAUAAUAGAGCUUAGUGUAAAAUAAUUUUAUAAAUGAUCUUUUGUACUUUAGGACAUCAAAUUGUACAACUUUUGUAUAUAUAAAAGCUUAGGAACUUUCUGUUUAGCAGAAAGGAAACACAUUCCUACACUUUUAAUGUAUAUGUUUGUUAUAAUGUCCAUGUAAACAUAUGCCCUAUGUUUGUGCCUUUUAAUUAGUUUGUCUCAAUAAACAAAAAUGUAGAGAAGAA